AUGUUGCGAAGGCUUUUCCUGGUUUCGGUGGCCUUGGCGCAGGUCUGUCGAGCUCAGUUUUAUCAGUCUCGACAGUCGUAUCCGCAGGCUCAAGCCGUCGUCAACACCUUUCCUCUCUCGUCGAUGGGUUCGUUUUGGCUUUUCUGUUUUUCCUGUCUUUUCAGUGUUAAACAAUCAUACAGUAACAAGAAAAUAACUUUUCUCUAUAGUCGAUUCACGGCUAGCUUGAGACGCAAAGGGGCGUGGCCUGUCUGCGCUCUCCACUAACCAGACUCUCUCUCUUUCAUUAUCGUGUCGGGACCCCUUUUCCGAUGGCUCAAGUCAGCCGUAAAUCAGCUAUAGAACUUGUGGGAAUUCGUUCAUGUUCUCUUUGAAGCAGUAUAUUUCGAAGUUUUUUUUUAUUCUGAAGACUUUACCCUGCAAAAAUCCUCUCAUAAACUUUCCUUGCUCAUCAGAUCAACUUGAUUUAUGUUCCAGGACCUUAUUCCCAGCAGUUUCCAUACUCCGGUAACACCAUUCAAGGUCCUACUAUGAUGUACCAACCGGUGGCUGGGAUCCAAGUUAUGAGCCCUUCAGGUAUUUCUUUUUCUCACAUUUUGGAAUAAAUAAGAUUUUUUCAAGCUCCCGGAAUAUAUCCGUAUCCCAGCAGCGAGGUCCGAAUGUCGCCACGGUUCAACUUCGGCGCCGGCGCCGAGCAGUUCCAGAACGAUCAGCGGAUGCCUUUGGUUCAGAAAGAGGUGAGAGGGGUUGUUAGAAUUUCGGACAAUCCAACUAGAAUAGGGUACAUUGAUAAUUAUUGCGUUAUUUCGAAAUUCGGUUGAUAUACCAACUAAGUAAUCGAUUUUUUGUUUCUUGUGCUUCUGCUUGAAAAACUUACCUUAUUUUUUUAAAAAGGGUAAUGAAACUUAAAAUCACUGGUCAACAAUACUCAUGAUACGGUAUCAGAAAAGUAUUUCAGGUUCCUCAACCGCAACUUCAAACGGGUCCCACCCGGAUCAUCCCACCAUUUUUGAAAUCCGCCAGUAAGGAAGAGCAGGACAAGGUAGUUUCGAAAAGAAGUUCUAAAAAAGAAAUAGGUAUUCUUAAGUUCUACGCAAUCGUCCAAAAUCCAACGUGGUCAGGAGCCGAGAAAAACGAGCGGAUCGAAGAGUUCAUGAGAACUAUGAGCUCUGAGAGCCAGGUUUUUCUGUUUCCCUGAAUAUAUCAGAAAAGGAAAUUAUUAAGGCAACAUAUUCGGAUUACGACGGUCGCUGGUCCGCUGAGACGAAGGCUCGACGCGAAAAAGUUCACAAGGCCGUCGAGGAAAUGAGCUUGGAGGCGAAAACUCAAUUUCAGAAGGUUUUGAUUUUGAAAAAAUUGCAAAAAAAAUCAAAUAAGCUCCCUCUCAAAGUCUCAAAAACCUAAGCUUAAGGAAAGCUUUUAAACUGUAUAGCCUGUGUACCAUGACUUGCAAUUUCGUCAAACGACAUUCCACUGUGCCGCUGCGCGCCUUUGCGAAUCUUGGUCGCGCUUUUUAUUUUUUCUUUUAUUAAGGUACUCUACUUUCAUGUGUUUUCACAGCAAUACCAAUCAAUUGAACGCGUAACCGAGAUUCGAAAGACGCUUCGCGAACGCCCGCAGCGGAACAGCGGAAUGUCGUUCGAGGGAAUUUCCAGUUGUGCCACACAAACUAUAAAAUCGAAAAUUUCUUCUCCGUAAUUUGAUUUUCCGGCUGAAAGUGACACGCUUUCAAUUCUUCAAAAAGUGAAAUUUUCGCUAUUUUCGCUGGACAUGAAAUUUUACCCGGACAAAGCGACCAAUUACCACGGUCGCUCGAGGAUUGACAGUUUUGGGUCAUCCUGGCCGCUUGCCAAGUUUGCCAACUGGUCCUGUUUUUGUUGGAUGGGAAAUUCACAAAACCGUGUUCCAUGCUUUCUAUAAUAUUUUACGAAAAUAUCAAUUUUCCAGGUCUCCGCACUGAUGACAGCUCCUGGCGUUCCAGAAAACGAAAGAUUGCAGCGAAUUCAAGAACUUUAUGGGAAGAUGUCGUCGGCUGUUAGGAAAGAAUUUGACGAGAAGCUCACAAAUUUGUAA